CUCCCGGGGUCGCUCUGCUGCCCCCCUGCGGGCCUGGGGAACACUGCAGGGGUAUGAGCCGGCGGUGGGGCUGCCCUCCCCACACGUGGGAGUGGGAAAUGGAGAGAACCCGCCCCUUAGAGGAAAAGCCACGAGUUGCUGUUGUGCUGCAGGAGAGAAAGGGAGAAAGAAAGCGUGCGACAGGGAGUGGGAGCCCCAAGUCAAGAGGAGCCCCACAGAGGCAGCCCUGGACUUCGGGACCACAGAGGUGCUGAGUGCUGCCCGAUUCUGGAUCCCACUCUGCUUAGCUCAGAACUUUGUCAGCGAGCAAGAACAAUGCCAGGAGGUCUGGAGAAAACGUGUCAUCAGUGCAUUUCUAAAAUCGCCAGCAAUGCCUGCUUCGUUGUUGUGCUCUGUGCUUUCCUGGCUCUGCCGCUGUCCAUGACCUUCAUAGGAAUGAAAUUUUUGGAGGACUGCCCUAUACAGCCCCUCAUUCCUUUAUAUUUGCUAGUGGGUGGCAUUGUCGGUACCUUAAAGGUGUCUCUCCUGUUGUACGACUCCACCAGGAUGAGGCGGCUGCUGUCCAAGGCCGUGGUGAUUGAUGACGAUGACGAUGAUGAAUACCCCUGGAGGCAGAAUGCGCACAGAUACUACAUCCACCUCCUGCUGAGCCUCUUCCUCUUCCUCUGGUUCAUCCUGGGAAACUACUGGGUCUUUUCUGUGUACCUACCUGAUUUUCUUCCCCCUUUCCAGCAGCCUCAGGACUACUGUGACAAAACCCUGUACCUCUUUGCAGUCGGAGUCCUGGCGCUCAGUCACACUGUGCUGGUCUUGCUCCUGCUGUGCAGUGGCUGUGUCUACCUGUGCUCCAGGUGGAGACUUGCUGCCGAUGAAGACUGACAGCUGCCUUGUCCAGCAUACCAUGUAUGCAUAUGCGUGUGCACGCACAUGCGUGCACACAGACACAGACACACACACACACACACACACAGGUUCAGAGAAGGGCAUAAAGGUAAUAAAACCUUCCCUGAAGGCAUUUAAAAAGCCACCCAAAGGCACUGAAUAUAAUAGCAGACUAAAGAAACUCUUGCCUUCCUAGACAUGGGGAAAUCACUUCUGCUCUUUUCAGAGUGGGAAUUUUGCUCUCACAAGAGUUUUCAAAGGGAUAAUUGUUUUUGAGGGUAUGAAGUGUGGGAGGCAAAGAAUGGGAGAGACCUUUUCAAAUCAUAGUGCAAUUUCAAUGACUGGUGCAAGAGCAAGGUUGAUUGUUGCUACUGCUGCUGUCAUUUAGCCAUGGUCACCUUGAAGUUAUAGAAAGUACACAGACUUUCAAACAAGAUAUAUCUUAACUUCACUCGCUAUGAUGGCUUUUGUUAUUAAAAGGAAAAAGAUAUUCUUGUAGUGACUCUAGCUGCCUUUUGGGAAAGUGAAGGAGCAGUCUCUUCCAGCCCUAUAUCAGAUAGGUUUGAUGUGAUGGGUGGAACAUCCCAAGGUCAGCUAUAAAAUCUAACAACGUCAAAGCAGUAGCUUCCACAUAGGGGGCGGGCUGGCCUGCUACAGGCAUUGCGGAGUGCAGCGCCGUGUGCACCGUGUGCCGCUGCUGCAGGGUCUUUGCUUGGCUUUGAGUCUGUCUCUGCCUCUGGCUAUUCAAGUACCUCUCUAUGAUCUGCAGCUGGCUGGGUGGCAUAAACCAGUUUUGUAUGUUUCUGGACAGGUUGCGUGAGUUGGGGUGCCGUCGGUGUAGCUGUUUUUGGUUUCUGAGCUUAAAUAUCGAAUAAUAGCUCCUCAACCUAAUGACCAGUUAGGCUUUGGAAGCCUUUUGUAAAUUGAGAUGUCUGGAAGUCCAGGAUGAUGCCGAACAGUGACCACUAACCUUCCCUCUGGCUGCCACUGUUGAGAGAUGAAGUCCAGGUCUGUUGUCAGUGCUCGCUGGGGAGCCUCUUUAUGAGCAAAAAGUCCCAUGCUUUAGAAUUUUGUAUGAAGAUGCUGUCAUGAGUGUGUCUAGGGCAGUGCCCAGGGGUGCGUGGCACCUGCUUAACUGUGCUUCUCUCAGCCACGUGCAUAGCAUUUCUGUAUAUUUACACACUGCUGAGCUGUGUUUAUUUUUUAACUUUGUUAUGUUUUCUCAUCAAACCAAUCCCUGAGUGGCCAUGAAUGGAGGCACCUCCCUUCAUCAGAAGUGUCAGCUCAAACCAAGAGGCUCAUUCUUCUCCAUAGCUUUAAGAGAAAGGCCCCGUGAGUCCCAUGGGGUCUUCCCAUUUCAGUUUAGAAGCACUCCCCGGGCAGUCACCAUUAGUCCCCCUUUCCUCCCAGGUGAGAAGAAAGUGCUUGGUGUGCCAUCUGCUGGACAAAGGAAGAACAGCCCUUUUUUUGCCCCUGUCCCUAAGGGCAGUUUCUGUUUUCAUUUUCACUUGAGCCAUGGCAGAAGACCAGCGGGUGUACAGUUUGCAGAUCCUACCUCACCUAUGAUGCCCGAUUCCAUCCUCACUGUGUCCCACGUUGCCCUCUCUGUGCUGGGGACUGGGGAGAGUCUGUGGGCUAUGAUACUAUGAUACUGGGGUGGACAGGAGUUCCAUGGGCUCCUCUCCCACCCUCCUUUCCCCAAUCCAUGACUCGUCAGCCAUUCCCAGUCACUUAGCCAAUGCUUGGACAUCUGUGAGCAGCAAAGACCUGGGCCCAGGGACACCUGCAUGACUCCCACAUGAAAGCCUCUGAGGCUUCUGUUGCGAGGGCCUUGGCAAAGGCGGAAAGAGCUGUGAACAACCAUGGGCAUGAAGAUUUCUGUUAGCAGAUGGCAGGUACUGGUUAGUGCUUUGGAUACAUCAGUAGCUAGGUCUCAAACGUUGGACAUUCCCACUUUCUGGUAGGCAUGAGUAUCACCAGAGUGUUGCAGAAAUCUUUCCCAGAGGGAGUGGUGGAUGAAGUGUGCUCAUUCUCAUAUGCACCCCACCAGCCUACUCCCAGUUGCAAUGGAGAAUACUGGUCAUAGGUCCUAAAUAAUUGCUAAAAUCUGGACUAUAUUUUUAGCUUUGAGUUUUCUUGUCACCAAAGCAGUAAGGAAGAGGUGAUGAUCUCUUCGUAUAGGUCACACGUCUUCCCUGGUUUGAGGUUACAGUGAGCUAUGAUUGCGCCACUGCACUCUACUCUGGGUGACAGAAUGAGACCCUAUCUCUAAAAAACAAAAUUACCCUCUUCUGGGGAAACAGGUUAGAUCCUGAAGAAAAUGUUCAUGUGCAUCCAUUCAUAGAGGGGACACUGAGUGGUUCAGUGGGUGACAUCUUCAAGCGCAGCAGGCUUUGAAUGAUAACUGAUUAAGGCCUCCCUCAGGAGAUGGUGAGAUGGUUAUGAUAAGGCACAUUUCAAGAAAGAGGCUCUGGGGCUAAGUAAGGCAAAUGGUCUAUAACUGUGAUUCUUUGAAGUCUGGCUUAAUCCAGGGAUGACACCCAGACUGUCUAGGAAGGGCUGAGCUGCGUGCCCUUUAAGUGAUCACCUCUUAGUAUAAUUUCACUGAGCUGGAGGUGAGUGUAAGAAGUUCCUGGUUAUAGAAGAAGUUAUAAUCCUUGGCAUGGCCUGAAGUAGGCAGUCCACACUGAUAUGAAAUGUGCUGUGUAUACCUGGAGAAUGAAAAUGCCCAUCUAAGACUGGCCCAAGAGCUGGGCAGCCUUCCUCCAUGGGAACCUGGCAAGGCAAUGGGAAGUGGACAUGGGAACACCUGAACUUUCUGGAUGCUAUGAAACCUCAAGGGAACAAAUUAUGUGGCAGAGAGGGAUAAUCUGUUCUUCCCAUCUGAGAAAAGACUGCAGCAAAGAUAAACUAUAUGUUGAGGUCAUUUUAUUUGCUACAUCGGGCAUCAUUCUAAAAACCAUUCUUUGCCUGAAUCUAUAUAAAUGACAGUUGAAAGCAGUAAAAGUUGGGACUGUUUCACUGGAGUCAGCCACACUAGUGGUUCUCAAACCUUGGUGAACCCUCAGAGCUACCCAAGGACUUGUUUGCAAUGCAGAAUCACAGCCCCCAGAGACUGACUUGUGGGGCCCAGCUGGUUCUGAUUCAGUGGCCAGAGAAACCGCAUGUGUGCACUCGGGCCACACAUACAGCCUGGACUGGCUUAUGUCAGGCCCAUCCUGGUUGUCACCAUGAGGACAAUAUAAUGUCACUUCCAGUACUUCGUGUUAUUUCCUUCUCUUUUAGUAUGAGAAGUGGCCAAGUGGUCAAUAGCUUUCAUCUUUGUGUAACUGAAUCUUGUGCUUCAUUUCCUUCUGGGCAUUUUUCAUUGUUGAUGAAAUAAACUUUGUUCAAUUUGUU